AUACACACUUAUUUUUCAGUGGGCAUUGCAUAUACUCGCUUCUUAGUCCCCACAAUGUGUGUUGAAGUAGUAUAGGGGAGGUAUACGCUGUAUCAAUGAAUACGGCUGAUGGAACAGAUCAGAAUGUUUAGCUUAAAAUGUUGAUAGACUAUUAUUUCUUCAUAUUUUAGGUGCCGCAAUGUGCUCAAGGCUGUAGGAUAUACACUAAUGUUCCAAAAUGGAAUUUGCGGGAAAACUCUGUUCUAAAAUGCACACAGGGUUUAAUGGGCAGAGAUGGAAAUAUCAGUUAGACAUUUUUAAAGAGGCAAGAUCUAAAGGUGCAACAAUAAUCAUGGGUUGAUAAUAUGACUAGGAUAAUGCCUUUGGCUGCUAGACAAUGGAAGGAAGUUGAAAGAAAACCAAUAGAACAGGAGAAUGCAUAUGAGGAAGUCUUUAUAAAAUAAUUACCUCCACAUUUCUAUGAUUUCAAACAAUGAAGGAACACUAAAAAUAUAGUGAUGCUAAUGAUAGGCCUAAACAUCUUCUGGUAGAUAGUCUUUCCCAAAAACCUUCACAAUUAAAUGUUAACUAGCUACAAAGUAGCCUAUGCCUACCUGGCAGAAUGAUGCAUUAAUCCAGUGGCCAUUUGUUUUCUCCAUCUCAUGUGCUACAGAAACACUGCUAACAAAGCAGCAGUGCUUGGUGUCAGUUCACUUGAAUUAAAGGAUAACUACACUCAAAAAUACAAAUGUCUUAGAUUUUUCCCAGACCUCAAAAAGGGGUCUCUGGAUGUGGUUAAAGCAUUGUUAUGGUCUUAGAACAUCCAAUUGUGUUUUUCUAUUUUGAAAAAUGUACUUUGAGAGCUUAAACCCUUCUAUUAGCCUACUUGCACAGUACAGAUUGGGUUGGCCUGAUUGUGAAAGACCAAUAUGGGAUUUAUCAUAUUAGUCCAUUCAAAGUGUGUCACAAUUUCUCAUAGAAUUUUUCACACAUGGCGCCUUUCCUUCACCUUGUGGGCCUUUUUGGUAAAUUUCUGGCAAACUUGAGUAUACCCACUUCUCCAGUCACCACUACACUCACUUCAUGCUUGCACGUGCACCCACACAAAUUAAAAUGUUGGAUAAGGAAAGAGGAAACAAUGAAUUUAUUGUACGUUUGGGCGUAUAUAAAAUAUCAGUGUAGAAAUCAGGGAUUUUGAAGAUGUGGUAUAAAACUGAAAACAUCUGUAACAUGGGUUUUCAGUGUUUUUUGUAAAGAAAAAAAUAAAGGUAUUUCAAAGAGCUGUCUUUAAUUGAACUAUUUCUGACCUUUUCGAUGUCUAAAACAACAUAUUUAUUGGAAAUGUAGCUCGCUAAGUAUUCUUGGGGUAUUCCCCAUCUAUUUCAGGCGCACAUCUCUAGCCAAACUUCGCUGUGGUCCGGGUCCGCUGAAUGAUGACGCAAUCAACUUGCGCCACUUGUAGAUAUUAGCAGCUAGUCACAGAUGAGCUUGCUAGCAUUUUACAGCAGAAGUCACAAUAGUGACUCGAGGCGGAAGAGACGUCAAUAUUUGUAGCUGACUAGCUAGCUGCUACAAUAUUACCUACCGAACUUUUAGUUAAUUGUGUGUGGCUAGUGUUACUGCCGAAUAUAAGGACAAGACUCAGAUAUCAACGAUUUGCUGUAUCGUUAUUUAAUACGGGGCAGACCACUUCACUCAUUCCUCCUUUUAAAUCUAGAAUAUCAACACCACAAAGAUGGAGGCGCUCCAUGCCCACUGCAUGAAGUGUGUAAACCGGAGGUGUAUGAUCCGCCCAGAGACUGGUGUGUCCUGUGAUCUCAUUGGCUGCCCUCUCGUCUGUGGAGCCGUCUUCCACUCCUGCAAAGUGGAGGAGCAUCAUUUAUUAUGCCCGUUUGAAAGAGUGCCUUGCCUCAACACUGGAUUCGGGUGCCCUUUCACUAUUGCUCGGCUCAAAAUGGCUGAACACCUAGAGACGUGCCCGGCCAGUGUGGUGUGUUGCACCAUGGAGUGGAACCGUUGGCCUGUGAGCUAUUCAGACAGGAAGUCCUAUGAGUACCUGAGCAAUGUUGAAGUGGUGGAGCAGCUAGACAUGGCCCUGGCUCUCCAAGAUCAGAGGAUGCUACUGGAGUCCCUCAGAGUCACCACCAACACGUCAAAUAACGGAUAUAAUAAACCAGCUGUGGAAACAAAUGAAAAGAUGGCCGAUGUCGUGUCAAGUGUACCAGAGACUGCAGUUAGUAAUGGAAUGGUUGAAAUGGAUGAGGCUGCUGCUUUGACUAAUGGAGUGAUUGAAAUGGAUGAUGAGGAGUCCUAUAUUUCGGUACACAAAAAGAACUUAGCAGCGACCUUGGAAGUUCUCAGAAGUGCAAAGGACGUCAACUUGAUCAAUGGAAUUAUAAAUGGGGAAAAAACAGAGCGAAAUGGGGUUCUCCAUAAUGGAGAGAACAGUGAUGACUUGAAGAAUGUAGAGAUGAAGGAGAGCGGCACACAGUUGGACUGUGAGCUCGGAGCAGUGGGCGGAGUGUCUGUGGACUGUGGAGUCGGAACAGGCAGACAGGGAGAUGAGAGCCACUGGAUAGAGCUCGAUGAACUAACCAAGUCUUCAGAGGAGGUGGAGAAGGACGGCAUGAUGGGUCUAGCAGAGGUGGGUCGUCCUUCUCUCAGUAACGGUUUCCACCAUACAGGGGACGACCACAAUCACUUGAGACGACGUGAGCGGAUGGAUCUGAGCAGAUCUCCACCCAGACGCUCAGAAGUCAACAGGUCUUCAGACUUCAGGCCGGUGAUGCCUUAUCUCUCCAUGCCUAAUAUAGUAGCACCACGGGAGCCCUCUGGGCCCCACCCUCCACCACUACCCAUCCACCUGCCUCUUCCCAUGCCUCUCCCUAAUCUGGAACCCUACAACGUGCUCCAGCACCUGCCCUUAGAGAUCGAAGAUAGGUGGCUGGAGAGGAAACUACAGAACCUCCAGGUGCUCCGAGGGAUGAGUGUGUUUACGUUUAACGGGCGCAGGGCUAUGAUGUCUGAUCCCUAUUUGUUCAGAGCUAAAAUGGAGGACAAGUCAGUGGACACCUCAGACCUGGAGGUAACUGACGAUCCAUUGGGGCUCCAUGGGAUAGACCUGAUCACGGCAGCGCUGCUUUUCUGCCUGGGUGAUUCCCCCGGGGGCCGCAGCAUCUCAGACAGCAGGUUUGUAGACGGUUAUCGCGUCGACUUUGGUACCCAGACCUUUUCCUUCCCCUCGGCAAUACUGGCCACUAACACCAUGGUGGGGGACAUCGCCUCAGCGUCGGCCUGUGAUCACGCCAGCCCGCAGCUUUCCAACCCCAGCCCCUUCCACACCCUCAGACUGGACCUGGUGCUGGAGUGCGUGGCCCGCUACCAGACCAAGCAGCGCACCAUGUUCACCUUUGUGUGUGGACAGCUGUUCCGCAGGGAUGAGUUCUCCUCGCAUUUCAAAAACGUUCACGGGGACAUCCACGCCGGCCUGAAUGGCUGGCUGGAGCACCGCUGUCCCCUGGCCUACUACGGCUGCACCUACUCCCAGAGACGCUUCUGUCCCUCUGUGCAGGGCUCCAGAAUCAUCCACGAUAGACACCUGGGCUCGUUCGGGGUGCAGCCGGGUAUGCCUCCCCAGUUUGGAGAUAAAACUCUCCCCAGGAAUGCCUGUCGGUUCGGCUCCUCCUGCGACCACCUGAGCUCCCUGCCCUUCGAGGUGCAACAGUAUGUGGCUAGUUUUCUGGAUGGCUUCAGCCUGUGCCAGCUGUCCAGGGUCUCACGUACCAUGAGGGAUGUGUGUGGCAGCUUACUCAAGUCCAGAGGCAUGGUGGUGCUUCUCUGGGAGAACACACGACGGGCAGAUGGGUCUUCCUCAUGGCAGAUCCAAAACAAGGUGUGGCGAUUCAGUACGGCUUUCGGUACGGUGAACGAGUGGAAGUUUGCCAACAUCGCCAAUAUGGCCGAACAUCUGAAGAAGUGCAAGUUUAACACCAUCACCCGUCGGGACGAGGCAAUCCCUCUGCCCUGCAUGUGCUUCACCAGAGAGCUCACCAAAGAGGGACGCUCACUGCGCUCAGUCCUCAAGCCAGUAUUAUGAGUUGCCCUAUAACAGGGUUGGAGUCCAUGGGUAUGUCUGAAUUGGUAGUCUAUUCCCUAUAUAUAGUGCACUACCUUUGAACAGGGGCCAUAGAUAUAGAGCGGCAGGCAGCCUAGCGGUUAAGAGCAUUAAGCCGGUAACUGAAAGGUCGCUGGUUCGACUAUGUGGAAAAUCUGCACUUAAGCAAGGCACAUAAUUGCUCCUGUCAGUCGCUCUGGACAAGAGUGUCUCCUAAAUUGCUAUUAAAUUGAAAUGUAGGAAUAAGGCUGCCAUUUUGGACGAUGCCCCUUUAAUUUCAGUCCAUUCAGGAAGUUUUUACUGAAUUGAAAUGGACUCCCAACCCUGCUUUUUUCCAGCCUUGACAGAAAGAACCUGAAUUGUUUUCAAUGCCACUUUGUAAUGUCAUAUUGUUACCAAUGUACUGAAGAGAUUAACUUUUACAUACUCUGUCAAUGUGUAAAUAAAACAAAUGUUACUUUAUUUUUAUAUGAAUAACUAGCAAAGUCAGUACUGUGCCACGUUGACAAAGAAAGAAAGUGGAGCCUUAUGAUAAACACUUGCUUUCUGGUCAUACGAGGGUUCUGACGAAGACCUUUUAAAGAGAUUUUUCACAGACUCCCAGCUAGAGCGAUUUACAACAUCUUAUUGUCGUGCACGGUUUUACAUACUUAGGGUCAUCAUGGUUUGAGUUGGCGGAUAAUGUCAUUACCUUAUCUGAAUCUUAAGAUUCAGACCAAACUUAAUGUCCACACUACAGGCCAUUAUCAGAAUGGAACAUUUUACUAUGUAGCUAUUUAACUCUACAACCAGUAUCAGACCGGGCAACAAUGUUGGCUGGUUAAAUGAAGGGUGAUUGGUUGUCUUUUAUCUAUUUUCCUAAUUUGAGAAAUGGUACUUCUGUGAAAACCAUUUGUGUGAAUACUAGUUAUUGGAUCUGUUUGAGUCCAGUGAAUCCUGCAGGUCAGGGAACGUGGGCAUACCGUCGCUUCUGGGGAUGAGAGUUGAUCAGUAUUGAAACUGAUCAUGGCAACUAAUAAUCAUGGUCCUGUCAUUUUAGUGUUAAUCUAUAUAUUUUCCUCUUGGCACUACGUAGACACUGCUCAGAAGUUGCCUGCUGUGUCUCAGGGUUUGUAAAACAUGCCUACCUCCAAAAUAAGACCCUAUUCCCCUAUAUGGUGCACUACUUUUGACACGGGCCCAUUUUAGGGCUCUGGUCAAAAGUAGUGCACUAUAAAGGGAACGGGGUCCCAUUUGGGAUGCAGACAAGACGCUGUAUCAAUAAGUGCUGGCCAUUACUUGUACUGUAUUGCCUGCUUCACACGACAGGUUCCACCCAAACUGUACUGUACAGCUCUGCUUGGUUUUUGGUUUGGCUCUAGAGUUUAAAUCGGGCUCAUGUGUAAAAGAUACACCAAUCUACCAGUAUUCACAUGGAACAGUCACUUUAAAGUCAUGGUUAUAGAGUGGGGUUAGUCAGGACUGAUAUACCGGUCAGUAUUAUUGUGUUUUAUGGCGGUGUUGGUACUGACACAUUAAAUUCCAUGUCCUCAAUAGAUCUAAUUAUCAAUAACCUACCUAUCGUUUGACUUGAUUUUUCUCUGAGUUGAAAGUCUGUUUUGGAUUUGGAAGUGUGUAGAACAAGAUUUAAUUAUUCGGACAGAUUGUGCUGUAGAAAUGAAGGCGGGGAUUCAAUCCGAUCAUGAGUUGUAGACAAUGCAGCUUUUAAAGGCUAUGUUCUGAGCUAGCAAUCCUGAUAAACGCUGCAUAUAUUGUUUCAAUUAAAUGGUACAUUGUCGACAAAGCGUAACCGGAUUGGAGUCCAGCCUUAAUUCAUGGGUUUAAGAUUCUGUUGUAGAAAUUGAGGGCCAGACUUCUUAAGGGCAUAGUUUGCAUCCUGUUUAAAAAAAAAAAGAAAAAAAAAGUAAAAGACAAAUCACUUUAUUUGACCUUAAGUUCUUCUUCUCUGAAUCCCUGUACAGUUUAUUCUACAGUUGUAUUCCAUUUGGGGGGGGGGGGGAGAGACCGGUGCAAACUUUGCAUGGUUGAAAACAUGAUUAGCACCCCAGAUGGAUAGUUAAACAUUUUUUUGUGUGAGUUAACUUCCAAAAUAUGCAUCAGUCCUGCGUGUGUUUUGUGAUAUUUAAUUUGUAUUGUCAGAACUCAACUCUUUUUGUAUUCUUUCAUGCAACCCUUUUUUUUAAUGUCCUUCUAUUAUCUGGUGUAGUUUCUAAUCUGAUGAACAUGCCACAAAUAUUAGACUGUUCAGAGGAUGCUAUGGUUUAACCUAUUGAUCAUCCCCACAUUAUUGCCUGGUCCCAGAUAAGUUUGUGCUUUUUAGCCAAGUCAGAUGGUUAAAUUCCAAUGACUGUAUGCAAAACGGCAUAAACAGAUCUGAGACCAGGCAAACCAUUUUCUUCCCCCUGCAUGUGAGUGAAGAGAUUAACAGUCAUUCUUAACCUGAUUUAUCCAUAAAAUGUAAGGUUAUGUUUCCUCUACAAUAACCCUUUUAAAGGUUGUGUGUGUAUUGAGCCUGGAUACACUGGGCCUAUGUAGUUCUGUCUCAACUCUUCAUAUUUGGUUUGUCUUACUACAUUUGUAUGGUACAUCUGCAACAAUGAGAUCACACCAAGUUAUAGCUUUAAACAAGGUGUCUUACCACUGUUUUACAAUGUUUUUGUUUCUUGUUUUAGCCGCCCAGGUGUAUAAAGGUCCUUCACAUACUGUGUAUCAUCUAGAUCAUUUUCAUCACCAAUAAACAUUUGUUUUCAUUA